GAUAGACGCCGGACGUCAGGGGAGGAUUCAGUUCGGGUUGAACAGUUGAUGCAGUUCCGAGUUCCUUCGGUUUCCCCGUUGCAGCGAGGGAGAGGGAGAUAGAACGGAAGAGAAGAAGAAGAAGAAGAAGCGAGAGAGAAAUGGGGAGGUCGAGUAGUUCGUCAUGCUUGAGUUUCGUUGCGUGCGGGAAGGGAUCUCCAGAAAACGAUGAAGUGGAAGGGGUUGAGGAGAUGAAAGAACCUCAGGAUAAGCGUAGAUGGAGUUUCAGGAAGCGAUCUCCAAGACAUAGGGUGCUUACCAACACUGUUCCCUCAGAUUUGCCACCAUCUGCUGGCAACAAGGAGAGUCCAGAACCCAGCGGUAAUGAUUUUGCAGGACAAGCAAAUAUACCUGGCUUAGCAAAGAUAUCCAUACCUCGGGAGACUGAUGAUAUCUUCCCUUUGUCACCAGUUGCUUUAAGACCAAUAGCUGCUUGCUCUGAUUCUGCAGGAAAUGUUAGCGACAUUGCAAGCAGAGUACCAAAAUCUGUAGUAAUUGUUAUACAGACCGCUGUCAGAGGAUGCUUGGCUAGAGGGGAAUUGAACAAGCUCAAGAAUGUUAUUAAGCUGCAGGCUGCUGCCCGUGGCCAUCUAGUACGCAGGCAAGCCGCAGGGGCCCUACGGUGUGUUCAGGCCAUUAUAAGAAUGCAGGCUCUUGUACGGGGUCAUCAUGUGCGUUCAUCUGUAGAUGGUUUAGCUAUUCAACAGAAAUUAGAUCAGAUGCGCAGAACGGAUGGCAGAAGGGUCAACAAGCUGGAGAAUCAAGAAUAUCGUGCGGAAUCAAAUAGCUUAUGUAGGCCUGCUGAUAAAGUGUUUGGAAGUGCUUUUGCACGUCAGAUUUUGGAGUCAACAUCAAUGUCAAAACCUGUAAUCUGUGAUCCUACGGAACCAAGCUCAGGCUGGAGGUGGUUGGAGAGGUGGAUGACAUUAUCUGCAAAGAGAUAUCCUGGAUCACGGGACACACAGUUCAUGCCAGAUCAUUGGGAAACAACUGAGAAGCUUGAUUUUGUGGAUGAAGUAGAUGUAAGUGAUGGAACUGCAAUAAGCCAUGGGUUGGAAUCUUUGAAGGCCAAGGAUGAGAAAUCAGAUGAAGGUUCCAUGAUCCACCUUGAGGGAGAUGAAGAUCUAAUCACAAUUGAUGCAAGUGGUUUCACCUUUCACUCUUGCCACUCCGUUGAAGUCUCAGGUGAGUACACCAAUACAAGAAGCAGUUCAGAGCAUCCUAAAGCUGCAGCAAAAGGUUCUGAUUUUAAAGCGACAAGUUCGGAGCAUAUAAGGACAGCCUUUCAGUCCAUGUUGGAUUCUCUGUCUAGCCAGCCUCAGUCAGCUCCACAUCCUGCAGCUCCUGAUCCUGUUUCAUCUCCACCUAUUAUUGGGUCUAUCCCGUCUCCACCUAAGACCGAAGUAGAUGUGCCAAUGCAUUCCAUGGAAGAAUCAGUCCCUCAAUAUCAGCAAGCUGAGGGAAAGAAAGGCGUAUUUGUAGCCAGGAAGUCCAUGAAUCCGGCAUUUGCAGCUGUUCAGUCUAAAUUUGAAGAGCUGAGCUCAAUGUCAGCUUUGGGUAGGAUGAGCACUUCAAAUAACUAUGGAGUUCCGGUAGGGCCAAGUUUGGGUGCUAUCUCUCCCAGAAAUUCGUGUGUCAAAACCAUCGAGGUUAGCCAAGCAGAUGACACAGCAUCUUGCAACCAGAGAUUUCAGAAGGGGACUUCAGAAUGUGGUACUGAAAUUUCUAUAUCUUCAACUCUGGAUUCUCCUGAUAUAUCUGAAGCUGAAGGGGGAGAACUGGGACAUGUUGUUGGAGCUUUAGAUAACAAAUGCUCUGAAGAACAUGGAACUGCUAUGCAUGAGUUGAGGAGCAAUCACUCAGUUGCAGAUUCUCUUACGACUUCUAAGUCACCCAGUGUGCUGGAGGAGGCCAAGGUUGUUGUCAUGACUUCUGCUGGUUCACCCAUGUCUCAAAUGCAAAAUGACUCUGCAGAAAGUGGGAAUCCUGUUUUCCAUAGUGAAUUGGGCAUGAGGACCAUACGGCAGAUGGGUGGUUUUUCUCAGGAAGGAUCACCAACCAGUCGUGCAACAGUGCAGGAGUCCCAGGGAACACCAUCGAGUCAGGUAUCUUCAGGCACUCGCAAGAGCAGGGCAGAUAGUAAUAAGUCAAUCAGCAAGAGAAUCUCUUCUUCUGUAACCAAGGGAUCACCUUGCAGUGAGAAUCAUAAUCCAAUGGAGCAAAACACUGUGGGCCCUAAAGCUCAGAGGCGCAGAAACUCACUUGGCUUAGUCAAACCUGGCCACAUUGAUGUUGAACAGAGGAGCAAUUCUCUUCCUAACUACAUGCAAGCCACAGAAUCUGCUAGGGCGAAAGCCCUUGCAAGCCUCUCUCCCAAAUCUAGUCCAGAUGCUCUUGAUAAGGAUGGUUACCUGAAUAAGAGACUCUCUCUUCCGAUCAGUAAUGGGAAGCAGGACUCCCCACGAAUUCGACAAUCCUUAUCACAAGCACAAACUGGUGCAAAGGGAAGCAGUGGCCCUUCAUCGAAAGAGAGAGAAUGGCGAAGAUGACGUUCAUCACCAUGAGUUUCAGGUUGCAUCAUGUAACUAUUUUUUUAUUGUGGUUCACGAGGAUAGCUAUGAUCUGGUUAUGUGUACAGAAUGUUGGCAGCUGUAUCUCUACUUGCUUUGUAUUCAUUGGUUCCUAAUCCGUUCUUUUGUAUCUCAAUUAUGUCAUAAACCUUCUACCGUGUUUGGUUUAGGAGUUGCCUGUCAUGCGUUGAGGACCAUCAAUAUUUGUCGCUACCUGGCAUUUUCCGUUAUCAAGUUUUGAGUUUGUGAGAAAUAAAAGCAUAACUGACUUCUUUGUUUUUCUAA